UACAGUAUGGCAGGACCUUGAAAAUCAGAGGUCAUUAUGUUUUGAUUCGUUAUUCGCUUUAUAAAAACACUGUGAGCAAAAACCUUUUGCGUAAACCAAUCUCGUAAACUAAUUACACUAAUACUAAUGUUAAUAAAUAUCCGAGGACAUCGCAGAUGUUCACAGUUCGCAUCAACUCGUCCAGUUCAAGUUUAGUCUCAGCCAGUCUGCCUCAAGGCAAAGGUUGAUAUUGUGUAUCGCUUGAACUAGCGGUUGUCGGUUAUCAAUGAUCAGAAAAAAAUUUAGAUAAGCUAACGACUGCGUUCGAAUGAGGUAAUAAAACGGUUGAAUGGUGAAUUAAAUCUCGGAUGGGUUACUCGCCACUAGUGAACAAUGCUGUACCUACUAACGGACUUUUUCCGGCUCGGUCCGUCCGAGUUCUUCAAGCAGGAUGUUAAACUGCCCAUCAUUGAGUAUAUUGAUAACACCCUACAGAUCUUCAAGACAAAGGCACAAACUGGCAUCAACAACACCAGGGAUGUGCUUCUAAAGGGCAUUGUGGUUGCUGUGAUUUCAAGUGUUCUCAUUUGGCUCUCUGUGUUUAUGUACAUGGCAUUUUAUUACACUUAUGUUCCUACUGUUGCACAUCAAAGACCAGUUCAUUUGCAAUUCAAAACUAAUAACUAUGCUCAGAGGGGCCCAGUAAACGAGCAUAGUUAUUUGACAGCACAUGUGGAGCUCACCAAACGACAACAGCUACUCAUGUUGGGGCAAGCAUACAGAAUUAAUUUGCACUUGGAAGUGCCAGAAUCUCCAGUUAACAAAGAAAUGGGCAUGUUUAUGGUAUGCGCGGAAUUUUACUCAAAGGAUAAAAACAAAAAUAAACAUCUAAUAGCGCAAUCUUGUCGAUCGUCAAUGUUGCACUAUAGAUCUCCAUUGAUUGACACAAUUUACACAUUGGUAUAUAGUCCUCUGUUUAUUUUUGGUGCAAGUGAAGAAAAGCAGAAUUUAAACAUUGAGUUGUUUUCGAAAUACGAAGAAGAGGAAGGACCUACGGUGACUGACGUUCAUAUUGAAAUACAGUCGAGACAAAUUGAAGUAUAUUCUGCAAACUUUUUAAUAGCGGCUGAAUUUAGUGGUCUGCGAUAUUUUAUGUUUAACUGGCCAGUAGUAUCUGCUGUCUUGGGCAUAGGAAGCAACUUGUUCUUAAUUGCUGUUAUUGGUUUCUUGGUUUGGCAUCAACUGGUUCACUCAGAGGAAUAUUUAUUAUACCGAGAACGACGAAACAGUCGAAGAAGCAAUAGCGAUGUAACUCCAGUGAGAUAUGAGGAUGAUUCUUACUCUUCUUCCUCGAUUGAAGACAUUUCAAUCUUGGACAAGUCAAGAGAUAAAUCCAGCUGUGAAAGUGAUGAAGUAAUUGAAGAUGUAAAGCCGGACACGCCGGCACAUUCUGAAAAGGUCGACUAAAUUUCUCUAUUAACUUAAUUAUAUUCUCUACGAUUCCAUAUAACGCGUUUUACCAAAGAUGACACGUGCAAUAGUUAAAUGCUAGAUUUGUUAAGACGCAACUAAAUGAAAUUUGAAUUCCGCGCUACUUAGUGGUGAUAAAUCGUUUACGAAAGAGAUUUAUUUUUGGUGCAGGUUUGGAGAGGUUUAUAUUGUUAUUUUGUUUUUGAUUAUACAAAUAUCUAAAAA